AUGAUCACGGCGAAGCUGACAGACAAUGCGGCGCCAAGGAUCAACGCCUUCAAGAUUCCUCGAGUUCAGGUGCUUCUCAAGGCAGUUCAAGGCAACAUCAAACCAGGAGGCUCUGGCACAUAUAUUAACCUCCAACAACAAUACAUGUCCCUUGCAUGGGAGAAGUGUGGGAGCGCUCAAGCACUCGGAGCAAAGAUCCGGAAGAUCCAUGCUGAAAACCCCCUCCUUGACCCUGAAUGGGUGCGCAAGGGGUGUGGGGAUUGA